AGAAAGGAAGGGGAGAAAGGAUGCUGCUUGCGGUUCUCUUCACGAACACCGAGGGCAACAUCCUCGUUGAACGCUUUCAGGGAGUUCCUACAGAGGAGAGACUCCAUUGGCGAUCUUUUCUAGUAAAGCUAGGAGCAGAUAAUCUAAGAAGAGCUAAAAAUGAAGAACUUUUUGUUGCUUCUCACAAGUCUGUUUAUAUUGUGUAUACCAUGCUUGGAGAUGUCUCAAUUUACGUCGUUGGCAAGGAUGAGUAUGAUGAAUUAACUUUGUCCGAAGUUAUCUAUGUGAUAACCUCCUCCGUGAAGGAUGCAUGUGGUAAGCCUCCUACGGAACGCCUAUUCCUUGACAAGUAUGGAAAAAUUUGCCUAUGUCUGGAUGAAAUAGUUUGGAAGGGGCUGCUGGAGAACACUGAUAAGAGCAGAAUCCGACGUCUGACAAGGUUAAAGCCUCCUACUGAUGUCUGAAAGAUCAAUGUCUCUCCUACUGGCAUGAUCAAGGUUCUUCUUGUUGAUCUUUUCUUAAUAUCUCAUACCCUUUGCAUUCUAAACCAAUAAAUAGCAAAUUAUUCAAGUCUGCUGGGAAAUUUGCAUUCAUUUUUGCAACAAUAAAUUAUAUUCUUUUCCUUUGUCAUAUGUAGUUAAAGGAAAACUGUAUUGCCAACUUUUUACUUUUCUAAAAGAUUGAGUUGUAUGCUUUUGGGAUCGUGUA